UCUUAAAAAAUUCUUGUUUUUUUUAAAAAAUAAAUCAUUCUUGAUAAAUGUUAUUGUUGAAUUUUGAAUUUAACAGAAACGGAUUCAUUGUUUGAAUGAUACAUUACAAUGUUUAUCUUGUUUUGUAUAGCUGGCUAUUGUAGAAAGGAAUUGUUGAAGUGGAUAUCUCCUCAAGAUGUAAGCUGAAUAUAUUUCAAAAUACCAAAAGUUCCCUAAGUAACAAUAAUUAAAAUAGGAAUAGUCAAAUUUCACAUAUCUUUUCAUUUUCUCUAUCCUAGUGAAAAAUUAACAUUAACUGUGAUGACAUAUUCUUAUCUCAUAACAUUGGAUGUGGAUGGAAUGCUAAACAACUUUCUUAUGAAUAGCAGUAUACAUGGCUCUUAGUUAAACAGCUCAGUUGUUUUGAGGGAAACAAAAGCAUUAAUUAUACUGGAAGUGUGUGUCUCUAGAUAUGCUGUUCACACAUUCUAUUGAAGAAGUUCAAGUGUUUUUCUGAUGCAUUAACUGUACCUAGAAGGAUGAGAUCAGUAUUUUUUGGGAUAAAAAACCAUUAAGUCCCCAUGCUAUUCUUUUCAAAUAUCAUGUAUAAAUAGGGAUACUUUGAGUUCAUGUGGGUCAUCAAGAGUUACAUUUAACAUAUACUAAACCUUGCCAACAAUGACAUCCCAACAAGUCAGCAAUGAGUCUUCUUCCAGUGAUCUGAAACAUCCUGAAGUGGUAGAGCCACAAGCAAUUGUAGUACAUGCACCUAUUGUUUUAUCGUUCAACGAUAUGAUUCGACCACUCCUUGAUUGUGUGGACAAACUUAGGCACCUCAAUACUAUACAGGAAGACAUUAAGCUGCCUAGCAAAUUCAAGCUUGGACACCUCAACAUCAUGCAGGAUGGCAUUCAGCUGCCUACCAUUGUGGUGAUUGGUGAUCAGUCUUCCGGGAAGUCCAGCGUGCUUGAAUCACUUGUUGGAAUUAGUCUUCCUAGAGGGGAAGGCAUUUGCACUAGAGUGCCUCUCAUCAUAAAGCUCCAGAAUCAUAGUGAGACAGAGGUUUACUUGGAGUACAAUGAAAAAUCAGUUCCAACUGAUGAAUUUAACGUAGCGGAGGCCAUUACUCUUGCAACUAAUGAGAUUGCUGGACAUGGUAAGGGAAUAUCCAACAUCCCUUUAACACUCAUAGUGAAAAAGAAUGGUGUUCCUGACUUGACUAUGGUGGAUUUGCCUGGAAUACCUACGGUCCCGGUUCAUGGAAAAUCAACUGAUACUUUUGAACAAAUUUCAGAAAUUUUUAUGAAAUAUAUAACACCAGAGGAAAGCAUAAUUGUGAAUGUUUUAUCAGCCACUGUUGAUUUUUCUACUUGUGAAUGCUUUAAGAUGUCCAAAAAAGUGGACAAAACUGGGGAAAGGACUCUAAUAGUUGUGACAAAGGUAGAUAUAGCUCCUGAAGGGCUGCUUGAGAAAGUUACUACAAAUGACAUGAAUGUUGGACUUGGCUAUGUAUGUGUUAAGAAUCGUAUCGUGAACGAGACUUAUGAAGAAGCGCUUAGUGAGGAAGCAAGUCUUUUUGAAACUCAUGCACUGUUAUCCAAGAUGGACAAGUCUAUGGUUAGCAUUCCUGUUCUGGCACAUAAGUUGGUGCAAAUUCAAGCAAACAUUAUUUCCAAGUGCUUUCUUGAUAUUGAGAAGAACAUCAACGACAAACUCGCAGUAAAUGUUGCUGCUCUCAACGAGUUGCCACAGCAUUCGGGUUCUGUAGCUGAAGCUUUGGCUACAUUCAUGCGCAUUCAGAGUUUGGCUAUUGAGUCUCUGAAGAAAAUUUUUCUUGGAGUAGAGUCUAAUGAGUACACUGAAGAUUUUGAAAAGCAAUGUGCUGAUAAAUGGUCUAAGUUGAUUGAUCUUGAAUUCAAACAAUUCUCUGCUAAGCUAAGUUCAACAUAUCCUGAUGAGAAGGUAGACAACUUGUUCAUGGAGUUCAUGUUUUUAGAUGAAGCACAAAAGACUGGAUCACCCGAUUUCCUGGAUGUUUUGAAGAAGAAAGUCAGAGAAAUUUCUGUAACUACAGAGGAGUUUGUUGGAAAAUUGUGGAACUAUAUAGAAGGAGUUGUCAUCAAAGCUUUGAUGCAUCAUUCUGAUAGUUCCCUGGAACUUCAGCAUUUCAUUAAGAGGGCAGUGCAAAAUUUCAUUGCCAGGAGGAAGGAUAAAUCGGUUAAUGGGAUACGAGAAAUCAUUGGGAUGGAUAGGCUGACUGACAUCACUAGUAGUACUGAUUAUGUAGCUACUUAUAGAAGUCUCAUCGCUCAAAAAAGGAAUUUUGUGAAGUACUGCCAAUAUUCCAAAGGAUCGAAAAUAAACAUCGAUGGAUUUGGAGUAAUAGAUGUUUGGUUUAUAAGGCGUCAGCCUAAAGAUCUUGUGCAGCAAGCUUUUGAAUUGAAGAUGACAAUGGCUGCAUACUGGAAAACUGUGUUCAGUCCUCAAAAGUUGGAUGACAAUGAGAUCGAGGUGGAAAUUGUGAAUGAUCGAAUGGCAACUUUGCAUGUGAGGUCCUUUGCAUACUGGAAAUUUACUUUGGGUCUUGAAAAGUUUGUUGAUGAGAUUAAUGAUGAGGUUGUUGGUGAUCUAAUAGCAUCCCAUGGUGGUGGACAUGAGAGUUCCCUGCAAGAAUCAUUGUCUGCUGAGAUGUGCUUUAGGCUCAAAAAGAGUGUGAAGUUGCUUCAAGAGUUAAAAGAGAUGGUGGCGAAGAUUAUGGAGUACAGUCUUGGUUCAUCAUGUUAGUUCAGAACAGGCUUAGACUAGUGUUUGAUGAUUUGCCCUGCAUCUCUCCUUGUCGUUGAGCCCUGCUUUUCUUCUUUCAUCGCGUUUAUCUAUCUACCUAGUUCUCUUUAUCGAAUUUACAGCUACCUGUCCUCUUUUAGCUUCUUAUCUACAUGGUACUGUGUCAUGAUUCUGCAGAUGUUUGUUUAAUCAAAAUUUUGA